AUGGCCAAUGUUUUCCGUCAGUUUUUACUCGAUGCCGAAAAUGGUGAUGUCGAUGCAGUCAAUCGAAAUAUCACAAGUGGAAUUGAUUUAGAAACGCGUGAUGAAGAUCAACAAACCGCACUUAUUCUAGCUGUACGUUGUAAUCAUUUGGAGUGUGUCAAAGUACUUAUCGAAGCGAACGCUGAUGUCAAUGCAGAGGAUGUAGAUAAUUGGACAGCCCUAUUAAAUGCAGCUCAGAAUGGAAAUCUAAGUAUUAUUCGACUGCUCAUCGAACAUGAUGCACAGAUUGACCAUUGUGAUUGUGGACAAUUCACCCCGUUAAUGUGGGCAGCUUAUCAAGGACAUGCAAGAGUAGUAGAUUAUUUAUUGAGUUGCGGUGCUAAUGUUGACGCAGUUGACGAACACGGAAUUUCCAGUUUAAGUUGGGCAGCGGGACGAAAUCAUAUUGAAAUUGUUGCAUCACUACUUCGAGCUGGCGCCUCACCUAGUUUAUGCGAUAAGAAUAACACAACACCAUUGAUUUGGGCUAGUCGACGGGGUUAUACGGAUAUUGUUGAUCUGUUGUUGAAAUCGAAUGCUAGUGUAAAUAAUAUCGGAAUGAAAAAUAUGACGGCAUUACUCAUGGCGACGAAAGGCGGACAUACAGAAACAGCUCUUCGUUUACUCGAAAAUCGAGUUAUUGAUAUUAAAAUUCAAGAUAAAGAUGGACAAACACCAUUGAGUCAUGCAUGCGCACAAGGUCUGACAGACGUUGUUGCUGAACUUGUUCGACGUCAUGCUUAUGUUAAUACAGUCGAUAAGAAUGGCGAUCCUGUUCUUUUCUAUGCUGUCAGAGGUGGAAAAGAAGAUUGUGUUGCAAUAAUUCUAGAGAACCAUGCUGAUGUCAAUGCGAUUGGUGCUGAAAAUAAAACAGCCAUUUGGUGGGCAGUUGAACGAGGUCGAUUAGAUGUUGUGAAAUAUCUUCUUCAAUUUAACCCUGAUGUCGAAGUGGGAGGUGGUGAAGACGAUGACACACCACUUUUACUAGCAACAAAACGCAAACGUGUAGCAAUAGUCUAUGAAUUAAUCAAAUAUGGUGCUAAAUUAUCUUCUACUGAUCGAUACGGAGACAAUAGUUUGCAUAUUGCAUUACGUAAUCGUAGUCGUGAUAUCGCAGAUAUUUUACUUUCGAAUCCACGUCAUUCGAAAUAUCUCUAUCGACCUAAUAAACGUGGUGAAACUCCGUAUAAAAUUGAUGCUAGCUUACAAAAGAGUAUUUUAACGACGAUCUUUGGACAACGAACAUUAAAUUUGAAUGAUGACUCGAUUCUGGGAUAUGAUUUGUAUUCAUCAGCAUUAGCAGAAAUUCUAAGCGAACCAUCGCUUCGAACUCCCAUCACUGUGGGUCUCUAUGCUAAAUGGGGCAGUGGAAAAUCAGCAUUACUAACACAUUUAAAAGAGGAGAUGUACAGUUUCGCGCAAUUAACAGAUUUUCCCACAAUGAAAUUUUCUCCAUUACUUCUAUCAGUCAUGAUACUAUGUGCAAUGAUUAUUGGUCUGAUUAUUGGUUUUACUGUUCAUUUCAUUGUCGGCAUAACACUUGGUGUAGCGACAAUGAUUAGCAUUUUGGCAUUUCUUUUUCUUAUUCGAUAUCUUCUCCGUCAUAAAGACUACAUUUGGACUGCGAAUGUGGCACAGUUUAUUAAAAAGCGUCUGGAAAUCUUACGAUUUUUGCUACAAGUACUUUUUAUGAAUCCAUACGCUCAUCGGCGCUUAAAAAAAAAUGACACGAUUGAUUGUCAAAAGAUGAAAUUUAUUUAUACCGAAUACGGUAAAGUUUCAACAGUUGAAGGUGAUAAAGCAAGUGCUGGAAUGAUUGCUGAAUUAGCUAUCAAUGUCGAAGAAACGUAUGGCGUUGUAGCAACACGUCUUUGUCGAGCGCUUCAUUCAAAAGAUUUAAGUCGCCAUCGAUUCCGGCAUAUUUGCUGUAUUCCAGCAUUUAUUUUUGUUUCUAUUCAAAUUUCACUCGUUGUAGCCCUGAGCAUUUUGGCUGUAAUCAAUGGAAUACCGGCAAAUAGACGUUCGGUGAAUGUCGCUUAUAUUUCCUUGACAAGUGUCCUUGGUGGUUCGAUAUUGCUGAGUUUUGCAACAUGGGCACGAUUGUUAUUGGCAUUGAUGAAAUCGCCCAAAUCGAAGAUCAUGAAAUUUUCGGACAAUUCAACACGUUUGAACGAUAACUCGAUUUAUCGACUGAAGAAAGAAGUCAGUCAACUAUCGUACAUUAUCAAAUCUGUCGAAGCUUUUCUUGGAAUUAACACUCGUUUGGUAGUACUUAUCGAUGGUUUAGAUGUUUGUGAACAGCAACGUAUUCUUCAAAUACUUGAUCAAGUACAUGUGCUGCUAACAAAAGAAAAUGAUCCAUUCAUAACGCUGAUUGUUUGCGAUCCACACAAAAUGAUGCAAGAUCUAUCUACAAAUGCUGCAGCGACAGCAACGAUCGCGCAGAAUCAGGGUUUCGAUACGAAUGUCAAUGGUCAUGAUUAUCUACGAUCAAUUAUUCAAUUACCAAUUUAUCUACAAUUAAAUCUAAGUAAAACAAAACAAAUGAAGAAGAACGCCGAUGGAUUUCCCAAGAAAAGACAAAAUACACUGAACUAUGGUGCAUCAAUUCUCGAUGUUAGCAGCAAAUCAGCCGCUACGACCACAGCAGCAACAGCAAAUAAAUUACCAAAGAAUAAGCGUCGUCGCCAGCGACGAGAUACAUUACCAAACAAUAAACCUGUAACAACAUCGGAGUUAACGAAUCAAUUGCUACAAUCCGAUUACUUUCUUGAUAUUAAUCCACGCAUUCUCCAACGAUUGAUCAAUAUCAUCGGCAUGACUGGUCGAUUACUACGUGCUAAUCAAAUCCUAUUCAGUUGGAAACGGCUUGGAUGUUGGUCAUAUUUAGUUGAACAGUGGCCGUAUCGCAUUACGUGGAUCAUCGUAUUUUACGAAGAUCAUGAACAGGAAUAUCCAGAUGAUACCAUAUUGAAAACGCUCUACGAUAAAAUCAAGCUAUUUGUACCGACGGCAAAUGAUCCUCUUCUGGAACUCGAUCGUAACGGGCGUAAAUUCGAAUUAUGUCUAGAACGUGGUGAGCCUGUUUUGAAUGUCACUGACUUAAAGCAAUUUCUUCCAUGUACAUGUAAUCUGGAUCCAUAUUUAAACAAACUUAUCCGAGAUUCUGCUGCUUAUUUUUAUAUGAAUAAUUCCGAUGAGAACGGUUUUAUCAAUGGUGAUCCGUCACGGUUUUUCCUUCGGCGUGACUCCACUUUUUCUGGACGCAGUGGAUUCUUUCCACAAGGAGCUAUGUCACGACGUAAAAGUCAGUUACAUCCAAGAUUCAACAAUAAUGGACCUGAAUUUCUAGCAAAUCAACAUCGUCCAUCGAUCGAUUUUCUCUCUCAACGUUUAUUUUCUCAAGUGUCAAUGAAGAAAAAUGUUGAUGACGAAGAAGAAAGUCAUGUUCGAACAUCUUCCAUGUCAUCAACAUCAGCGCCUGUAGUUGCACCCCCACCCUUGAUCAAUUCCAAAAUUAUUAGAAACACUGAAACUUCAGCAAAUGUCAAAAUCGAUCUAUCCCCACCAUUGAGUCAAAUGUCUGUUAAUGACGUGUGCGAUUGUUUAAAAAAUGACAUUGUUGGCUUGAAAACAACAAUGAUAUCGGCCUACAUUCACGAUUUCAACGAAUACAAUAUCAGUGGACGAGUACUAGUCACAUGUGUGCUUGAUGAAUUGAAACCAGUUCUUUCUAUGACAUUUGGUGAUUGGGUUUUGUUCAGUAAUUGGGUUGAAACUAAACGAGAAGAAGAACGACGAUCUCGAUUUCAACGUCCACCGCAAUCAACAUCCAACGUCAAUCAGAAUAAUCGUGCUACCGACGUACUGAAUGAUUAUCAAUUCUAUACUGAAAAUAGUGUGCUCGGUGCCGCACUCAACCGUCUGAUGUCAUCAACUACAGCCAACAAUUCGAUGGACGAUGCACGUCCGACCGGCAGCGAAGGUGUAUCAAUCGUUUCAGCACCAAAAAAUGUGAAAUUCCUCAUCCCGCUCGGUCGAUCUGGUAUCACAUCGAAUGAAAGUACCUUCGGAGUCGUUGAGUCAACAACGCGAACGAUUACUCAUGUGAAAGACAUAUUUCCUUUGCAAUCUCAGACAUCAAAUGCUGCCGAUGAACCUUUCCAACUUGCGACGCUUUCCUCAUCAACUUUUGAAUCGGGCCGUCGUCAAGAUGAAAACGAUUUGAAUAAGAAUGAUAAUGAGCAACAAUCGUUACUCCCCAAUGACAAUUGA